AUGGAGGAGGUGGAAGGUGUGGAGAAGGACCUGGGUGUGGCUGUCUUGGACACACAGGGUCUGAUACCCUGGAGCCCCUCCAUGGCCAAGCCAAGGGGGUUUCUCUUCGCCUGGAUCUUGGUCUCAUUUGCCUGUCAUCUGGCCUCCACCCAAGGAGCUCCUGAAGAUGUGGAUGUCCUCCAGCGGCUGGGCCUCAGCUGGACGAAGGCUGGGGGUGGCCGGAGCCCCGCACCCCCUGGUGUCAUUCCUUUCCCAUCUGGCUUCAUCUUCACACAACGGGCAAAGCUGCAGGCCCCCACAGCCAGUGUCCUUCCCACCACCCUGGGGCGGGAGCUGGCGCUGGUGUUGAGUCUCUGUUCUCACCGUGUGAACCAUGCCUUCCUCUUUGCCAUCCUCAGCAGGAAACACAGGCUGCAACUGGGUCUGCAGUUCCUCCCCGGCAGGACACUCGUCCACCUGGGGCCUCGGCAAGCUGUGGCCUUCGACUUGGAUGUACAUGAUGGGCGCUGGCACCACCUGGCCCUAGAGUUGCGUGGCCGCACAGUCACACUGGUGACAGCCUGUGGGCAGCACAGGGUACCUGUCCCACUGCCUUCCCAUAGGGACUCCGUGCUUGACCCUCAGGGCUCCUUUCUCUUGGGGAAGAUGAACUCCCGUGCUGUCCAGUUUGAAGGCGCACUCUGUCAGUUCAGCAUCCAUCCUGUGGCGCAGGUCGCUCACAAUUACUGUGCCCACCUGAGAGAGCGGUGCCGACAGGUGGACACAUAUGGCCCCCAGGUGGGAGCCCUCUUUCCUUGGGACUCUGGCCCAGCCUUUGCUUUGCAUCCUGAACCAGCCUUGCUUGGCCUGGGGAACCUGACCAGAACCCCAGCAACCUUAGCGGCCAGGCCUGUAAGCAGGGGACUCAUGGUGACUAUGGCUCCUGCCUUGCCCACCAAGCCCCUAAGGAUUGUCCACACAGACGUCUCUGAACCUAGCUCUUCCCAGACCCCACUGGCCAAACAGUUAGCCAGAAGAACACCUUCCUCUUCCCCUUCAGCUUCUCUGGCUAAUUCCACCAGGGUUUUUCAUCCAGCUGCUGCCCAGCCACGACAGAUCACAGCUACUAGCCCCACCAAACGUCCCCCCACCAAGCCUUCUGUGUCUUCCCUUUCAGUUACCCCCAUGAAAAGUCCCCAUGCAAUCCAGAAAACAGGUGCCCCUUCAUUCGCAAAGCCCGUUCUACCCACCCAGAAGCCAGCACCCCUCACCUCCCGCCUUGCACCUUCUAAGGCCUCUAGUCCCACUGUGAGGCCUGUCCAGAAGACUUUCGUGACACCCCGACCUCCAGCCUCCAGCCCCAAGCCCCUGCACCCUACUACUGGCUUAUCUAAGAAGUUCACUAACCCCACAGUAGCAAAAUCUAAGUCCAAGAUGAUCAGUUGGUCCGGCAAGCCGGUCUUGGCCCUCACCAGUGUCCCUAAGACUCUUCAUCAAACUGUUGUGUCCCAGUCCCCUGCUUCCUAUCUGGGCUCUCAGACACUGGCUACAGCCCUCCCUCCUUUGGGUGUUGGAAAUCCUAGGACGAUGCCUCCCACACACGACUCUGCUUCAUCUCCUGCUGGAAGCAAGAAAUUCACAGGACUGGAAGCCUCCAAGAAAACCAGACAUAAGAACAGCCCCCAGAAGCCCAUACCUCUUAGCUCUGGGAAGGCAGCCAGAGAUGCCUCUCCAAGAGACCUGACAACCAAGCCUAGCCAGCUGUCCACCCCAGCACUAGUCCUUGCCCCAGCCCACCUUCUGUCCUCCAGCCCCCAGCCCACCAGCAGCAGCUUCCCUUUCUUCCACCUGCCGGGCCCUACACCUUUCCUGAUGCUGAUGGGGCCUCCAGGCUCCAAGGGAGACUGUGGCUUGCCGGGCCCCCCUGGGCUUCCAGGAUUACCUGGAUCUCCGGGUGCACGAGGUCCUCGGGGUCCUCCUGGGCCAUAUGGGAACCCAGGCCCACCUGGCCCUCCUGGAGCCAAAGGACAGAAAGGGGACCCAGGACUCUCACCAGGACAGGCUCACGAUGGAGCAAAGGGCAACAUGGGCUUGCCUGGACUCUCCGGAAAUCCAGGACCCUUGGGACGGAAGGGACACAAGGGCCAUCCUGGAGCAGCAGGGCACCCUGGAGAACAGGGGCAGCCAGGACCUGAGGGCAGUCCAGGGGCCAAAGGUUACCCUGGCAGGCAGGGGUUCCCUGGACCUGUAGGAGACCCUGGCCCCAAAGGCAGCAGGGGCUACAUUGGGCUUCCAGGGCUCUUUGGCCUGCCAGGGUCGGAUGGAGAGAGGGGUCUCCCUGGUGUUCCUGGCAAGAGGGGCGAGAUGGGUAGGCCGGGCUUCCCUGGAGACUUUGGGGAAAGAGGCCCCCCUGGACUCGAUGGGAACCCUGGAGAAAUUGGCCUGCCAGGGCCACCAGGAGUUCUCGGGCUCAUUGGAGACAUGGGAGCAUUGGGUCCAGUUGGCUACCCAGGACCGAAAGGCAUGAAGGGACUGAUGGGCGGCGUGGGGGAGCCCGGACUGAAAGGUGAUAAGGGUGAACAAGGGGUGCCAGGUGUGUCGGGAGAUCCCGGCUUCCAAGGAGACAAGGGAAGUCAUGGCUUGCCAGGGCUCCCAGGUGCCCGGGGGAAGCCAGGGCCUCUGGGCAAACCUGGAGACAAAGGCUCACUUGGGUUUCCUGGACCUCCUGGACCUGAGGGUUUCCCAGGAGACAUUGGCCCCCCAGGGGAAAAUGGCCCUGAAGGCAUGAAGGGUAAGCCUGGAGCCCGAGGCCUACCUGGACCUCCUGGGCAGCUGGGGCCUGAGGGAGAUGAAGGACCCAUGGGGCCACCAGGAGUCCCUGGCUUGCAGGGUCAGCCUGGAAGGAAGGGGUUUCCUGGGAGGCCUGGCCUGGAUGGCUCGAAGGGGGAACCAGGGGAUUCUGGAAGGCCAGGACCUGUGGGCGAACAGGGGCUUAUGGGAUUUAUUGGUCUGACCGGAGAGCCUGGAAUUGUUGGGGAGAAGGGAGACCGUGGAGUGAUGGGACCUCCGGGCGCACCUGGACCCAAGGGGUCGAUGGGCCAUCCUGGAAUACCUGGUGGUACUGGGAAUCCUGGAGAGCCUGGACCCUGGGGCCCUCCAGGAUCUCGAGGUCCACCAGGCAUGAGAGGACCCAAGGGGCACCAGGGCCCUCGAGGACCUGAUGGACCAGCUGGGGAGCAGGGGUCGAAGGGCCUGAAGGGUCGUGUAGGACCUCGGGGCAGACCUGGCCAGCCAGGACAGCAGGGUGCAGCUGGUGAGCGAGGCCACUCAGGUGCAAAAGGCUUCCUUGGCAUCCCUGGCCCCUCAGGCCCUCCAGGUGACAAGGGCCUCCCAGGAGAACCGGGCUCUCAGGGACCUCAGGGGCCAGUUGGUCCUCCAGGAGAGAUGGGACCCAAGGGGCCGCCGGGUGCAGUGGGAGAACCUGGCCUUCCUGGGGACUCCGGCAUGAAGGGUGACCUUGGACCUCUGGGCCCCCCUGGGGAGCAAGGUCUCAUCGGGCAGCGGGGAGAGCCAGGCCUUGAGGGAGACCUUGGCCCCAUGGGACCAGAUGGCCUGAAGGGGGACAGAGGUGACCCAGGGCCUGAUGGCGAGCAUGGCGAAAAGGGCCAGGAAGGGCUGAAAGGAGAGGAUGGGCUCCCUGGGCCCCCAGGCAUUACUGGUGUCCGGGGUCGUGAAGGAAAGCCUGGCAAGCAGGGUGAGAAGGGCCAGAGGGGACCUAAGGGUGCCAAAGGCUACCAAGGACAGCUGGGAGAGAUGGGCAUCCCUGGAGACCCUGGGCCCCCUGGGACCCCAGGUCCUAAAGGGUCCCGGGGCACCCUAGGACCAAUGGGUGCUCCAGGACGGAUGGGAGCCCAAGGAGAGCCAGGAUUGGCUGGUUAUAAUGGACACAAGGGCGUCACAGGACCUCUCGGGCCUCCCGGACCCAAAGGCGAGAAGGGGGAGCAGGGCGAGGAUGGAAAGACGGAGGGGCCCCCUGGACCACCUGGAGAUCGGGGUCCUGUGGGUGAUCGAGGAGACCGUGGGGAGCCAGGCGACCCUGGAUACCCUGGUCAAGAGGGAGUUCAAGGCCUCCGUGGAGAACCAGGCCAGCAGGGCCAGCCUGGGCAUCCAGGACCCCGGGGGCGCCCAGGACCCAAAGGAUCAAAAGGCGAAGAGGGCCCAAAGGGAAAGCCAGGCAAGGCUGGGGCAUCAGGCCGGAGGGGGACCCAGGGGCUUCAAGGGCUGCCAGGGCCCCGAGGUGUGGUGGGGAGACAGGGCCCUGAGGGCAUUGCUGGGCCUGAUGGGAAUCCUGGCAGAGACGGCCGGCCAGGAUAUCAGGGAGAGCAGGGAAAUGAUGGAGACCCUGGCCCCGUGGGCCCUGCUGGGAGAAGAGGAAAUCCAGGUGUGGCUGGCUUGCCUGGAGCACAGGGGCCUCCAGGGUUCAAGGGUGAAAGUGGGUUACCUGGGCAACCGGGUCCCCCUGGAAAACGAGGGACAGAAGGUGGAACAGGGCUUCCUGGGAACCAGGGGGAGCCAGGAUCCAAAGGCCAGCCGGGUGACUCUGGCGAGAUGGGCUUCCCAGGAGUGGCUGGCCUCUUUGGACCCAAGGGCCCCCCUGGAGACAUUGGCUUCAAAGGCAUCCAAGGCCCUCGGGGGCCUCCUGGCUUGAUGGGAAAGGAAGGUAUCAUUGGCCCCCCCGGAAUGCUGGGACCUUCUGGACUCCCGGGUCCUAAAGGUGACAGAGGCAGCCGAGGAGACUGGGGACUGCAAGGCCCAAGGGGUCCUCCUGGUCCGAGGGGCCGGCCAGGUCCUCCGGGCCCUCCUUGGCAUCCCGUCCAGUUUCAACAAGAUGAUCUUGGGGCAGCUUUCCAGACAUGGAUGGAUGCUCACGGAGCAGUCAGAUCGGAGCAGGGGUACAGCUAUCCGGACCAGCUGGUGCUAGACCAGGGAGGGGAGAUCUUCAAAACCUUACACUACCUCAGCAACCUCAUCCAGAGCAUUAAGACGCCCUUGGGCACCAAGGAGAACCCAGCCCGGGUCUGCCGGGACCUCAUGGACUGUGAGCAGAAGAUGGCAGAUGGUACCUACUGGGUGGACCCCAACCUCGGCUGCUCCUCUGACACCAUUGAAGUCUCCUGUAACUUUACACACGGUGGGCAGACGUGCCUGAAGCCCAUCACUGCCUCCAAGGCGGAGUUUGCUGUUAGCCGGGUCCAGAUGAAUUUCUUGCACCUGCUCAGCUCUGAGGGGACACAGCACAUCACAAUCCACUGCCUGAACAUGACAGUGUGGCAGGAGGGACCGGAGCGCCCUUCUGCCAGGCAAGCCGUGCGCUUCCGUGCCUGGAAUGGACAGGUCUUUGAAGCUGGGGGCCAGUUCAGACCAGAGGUGUCUAUGGAUGGCUGCAAGGUCCAUGAUGGCCGCUGGCAUCAGACACUGUUCACCUUCCGGACCCAGGACCCCCAGCAGCUGCCCAUCGUCAGUGUGGACAACCUCCCACCUGUCUCAUCAGGGAAGCAGUACCGCCUGGAAGUUGGACCUGCAUGCUUCCUCUGACCUCUGACCUCUAGGCUCAUCUAAGCCUUGUGGGGGAAGGGAAGAGAUGGGGACAGCUGGUCCCAGGAGAUGCAGGCCUUUGCCUUAGGACCCUGGUGCAGGUCCCAGCUGUUAUCUGCUCAGCAGGAGCUGAGGAGUUGUAGGUCUGAGGCUGUCCUGGAGAACCACCCAUCCCAGCUCAGCCCCAAGAACCAACCAAAGAGCCAGUCAGAAGCAAGCUGGGCUUGCAGCCCACUCCAGCCCAUGGCCCGUUGCCCAGCUCUGUAGACACCCCUGUUCCCCAACUGCCCAAAGAUCCCCCCAUUGAUGCCACCUCAAGGGAAGGGGGCAUGUUGCCAGCUGGUCCCUGCUAGGGAGCUUUUGAUGUGCAAUAUUAGAAAGGAGACAUGGAAAAAAGGAGGAGGGAAAGGAAAGAAAGAAAUCUAUCUAUAUAUAUUAUUUAAACAAAGAGAAGGUGUGUUACUAUUUUUUCACUUGGGAGAGGCAAGGAAGAACAAGAGAAGCUGGGGGUGUGGAGAGGCAGACCCCCCCCAGGCUGGGGUGCUGGCCCCUGGGCUGGGGUGCUGGCCCCUAGACUAGGGUGCUGUGUGCUACCUCCCACUGUGAAAUCGCUGGUGCUCACAAUUGUCUCUUGUAAUGUAUGUGAUUUUUUUUUUUUAAGGAGAAAAAGAAACUUAUUUAAGAUUCUGAAGGUGCUACUAUUUUUGUUGCCACAGGCUUUAAAGAAACUUUCUGAGUGGGGCCUGGCCCACUGAUCCUUCUCUCCUCCAAAUGGGGAGUUAAAAAUGUUACUAGCGUCGCCCGCCCAUGCAAUCCGCUGAAAAGGAAGAAAAAAAUGGAAAAAAGAAAAGAAAGAAAAGAAAAAAGAAAAAAACAAAAAACAAAAAAAUCCUCCCAGAAACCAGAAGUAGAGAGAUUUCUGCUAAUUCUGGACUUUGAAGCAUAUGUCUUUUGAGGCAGCAUUUUGAUGUGGCCCUCCUUGCUUCUGGAGGGGCUUGGUUCCCUUUAGAAAACCUGCCCUGGGAGAAGACUUCUUGAUUUUGAGGAAGAUCCUUGGUUAGGGAUGAUCUUGAAGGUGGGCUAAGUCCAGAGCCAUCCCAGAAGCCAGGUGAUGUCCCAAGGUCUUCCCUCCCAGGAGCCCGGCCUUCCAAGUGCAGCCAACUUACUGCUUUUACAAUAUUGCACAGCUGUGUAGAGCCCCAGUGUUCUUUCCCAUAGGUGCCAAUUUGGGUGGGGAGGAAGGAACAAUUAUGGGAACCCCAUCUGUCUUUCAUGCAACCUAAACAAGUCAGGACCCCAAUUGGAUUUUGAAGUUAUUUUAACUAUGGAAUUAUUUUUUUAUAAGAAAGAUGGAUGUAAAAGUCUAUAUUUGUGUGUUUCUAAAGUUGUGCCUUGUGGGGGAAUUGGAUUCAAUUUUAAUUAUUUAAUACCUCACUCUCACCCACCCUUCCCCGUAUACUGCCUGUGUGCCCUGGCCUGUCCCCCAAGCCUAGAAGUGCUUUUUGUUGUCUGGUCCCCAUCUGAGUGCUGUUCCCUGUGUCCCCUCCUGUGUCUUGCUCUGUCUCCAUGUCACUUGAUGUGUAUUCACUGUUGUUCUUUCGUUUCUGUCUAAAUGUCAGUGUGUUCAAACCCCCAGUAGGUUCUAUUUCUCCCGUUCCCUUCUGGACUUUAAAUAAAUAUUUAAAACAGAG